AUGUCGGACGAAGAGUUGGACGAACGAGAGCAGGAACUGGAACAGGCCUUGCGCCAACGGAACGAAGCUUUGAACUCACUGAGGAACAACCUGGGCGAGAAGUUUACGCCUUUGGGUGAUCAUCAAAAGUUCAAGGAGAUGCAAAACUUCAAGCAGCUGCGCGACCGCGAGAAGUACUUGAUACAGGAAGUCCAGGAGGAGAAGCGCAGGCGGCAGGAGAAGAGGGAGGCUGCCAACGCACCACAAGGGAAUUCGGCCAUGUCUGCGGCCAUCGCAGAGUAUUUUGCUCAGCAAAAGCAGCAAGCUCCAGCUCCUUCAGUGCCUGCCAGUACGGCAAAUGCCAAGCGGAUGGCGGCGAGCGUGGCGAAAACCGCCAAGAUCCACCCCUCCCUAGCAAGUGUCUAUGCCAAUGCGGCUUCGGCUAUGGUGGCCGGUUCAUCGCAGCAGCCGCAGUCAGCGUCGCAGGCCAAUGAUGCAGUUGCCUUUGCCAACUACGGUUACCCCUCGACUACCGCCGAGUCCCAGCCGCAGCAGGCCUCAGCCACAGCUCCGUCCUCGCUUCCUGCGGCUUUUCGACCCGGCAGCUCACUUCCUGCCGCAUUCCGGCCGAAGUGGUAA